GCUUCCGGGGUCUCACACUCCCACGUGUGGAAGACGCUGGCUCUGAUUACUUCCCGUCUUCUUCCGAGCAUCAACAGAAACAGCGUUAAGCUCUGGACUUUGAAGACCCCUCUGCAAGCAGCUGUGGGCUGGAAGAUUAGGAGAGUUCUCCAGAUCCGCGCUCUCUCCCUGCCGCUCCAUCUACAGCAUCCUAAACACGUGGCUCUGAUGGCUGAGUCAGAGCUUGUGUCUAACCCCACCCCGGUUGGCGAGAAGAGAUGCGCUCUGCAGGACGGAGACGGAGAGGCCCCAGCGAAGAAGCCAAAAGUUGAGUGCGAUGAUGAAAAUGGGAGUGGCCCCAACCCAGAUGGUGGUGGUGGUGGUGAGGAGGAGGUGGAGGAGCCGGAAGGAGAGGCGAGUGAUGGAGAGGAGGGCGGGGAGAGCUUCGCCGACAUGAUGAAGCACGGCUUGACUGAGACGGACGUUGGCAUCCUGAAGUAUGUCAGCGACCAUGAAGGCUUCUCUGGGAUCCUGAAGGAAAGGUAUUCUGAUUUUGUUGUGCACGAAAUCAACAAACAAGGAAAGAUAGUGCAUUUGGACGACCUCUCCAUCCCAACAGACAAUGUGGAAGAAGCAGAAACAGAGCAGCAACCACAGGAUUGCGAAGUGCUGACCGAGGAGCAGAAAAAGCAGCUCAGUGAGCUGCAGCUCUUCAAGAAUAAAGAAGGAAACGUCUCCAUCGAGAUGAUAGACGAUACGAAGGAGAAGAGAACCCUAGUCCACAAAGCCAUCAAGACUCUGUUUCCUGGUCUGGAAACAAAGACGGAAGAGAAAGACGGGCAGAAGUUUAUCGUGGCGUAUCACGCUGCAGGGAAGAAGGCUUUAGCAGAAGUCAAAACAACCGCAGCUCCAAGGAAACACUUUUGGCCCAAAAACCGUGGCAGUUACUGCCACUUUGUCCUUUACAAGGAGAACAAAGAUACCAUGGAUGCAAUCAAUUUGCUCUCCAAGUUCCUCAGGCUCAGGCCCAACAUGUUCUCCUACAUGGGCACCAAGGACAAGAGAGCCAUCACAGUGCAGGAAAUCGCAGUACUGAAGAUCACUGCAGAGAGACUGGCUCACCUCAACAAGUGCCUCAUGAACCUGAAGCUUGGCAACUUCUGCUACAAAAACCAUCCUCUGAAGCUCGGGGAGCUGCAGGGGAACCACUUCACCGUGGUCAUCAGGAACAUCUCAGGAACCGAUGAGCAGGUCCAUCAGGCCAUGACGUCCCUCAAGCAGACCGGCUUCAUCAACUACUACGGGAUGCAGCGCUUCGGCACCACCGCCGUGGCCACGCAGCAAGUAGGCAGGGCCAUACUGAGAAACGACUGGAAUCAGGUGGUGGAUUUGAUUCUGAAGCCCCGGCCUGGAGCCGAGAAAGAGUAUGUGGUUCGCUGCAGGGAGGAGUGGGCGAAGAGUCAGGACCCAGAGGCUGCACUGAAAAAGCUGCCAAACAAACGUUGUGUGGAGGGACAGCUGCUGCGGGGCCUCUCCAUGUACGGCAAGAAAAACAUCGUCACCGCCUUCGGACAGAUUCCCCGAAACAACCGGCUGAUGUACGUUCACAGCUACCAGAGCGUGGUGUGGAACACCAUGGUGAGCCGCAGGAUCGAAGCCUUCGGUCUGAAGGCGGUGGCGGGGGAUCUAGUUCUCAGGGGAACCACAGCACACCCGCUGUCUGCAGAGGAGGCUGAGACGCACUCCAUCCAUGACAUCGUGAUGCCACUUCCAGGGUAUGAUGUCAUCUACCCUUCCCACCACAUUGGUGACGGCUACAGAGAGCUGCUCUCUGCAGACGGGCUGGACCUCGACAACAUGAGGCACAAAGUGAAGGACUACUCUCUGGCAGGAGCCUACAGACGCAUCAUCAUCACACCCACUAACGUCAACUGGGAGGUGAUCAACUAUGAUGACCCCCGGAUCUCUCUGGUGCACAGUGAUUUUGAGAAGCUGGAGAAUAAACCUGCUCCUGUCUUCAACAAAGAGGGCAAAUAUCGGGCUCUGCGGAUGGAGUUUUCUCUGCCUCCCUCAACUUAUGCUACCAUGGCGAUCAGGGAGGUCCUCAAGUUGGACACCAGCAUCAAGAAACAGACACAGCUCAACACCGUUUGGUUUAACUGAGACCAGAUGAGCUUCAUCCUCGAACAGGACUGCUGCUGGCACAAAUCUGCAUAGUGUUUUGUUUUUUUUAGAGUUCUAUGAGCAAAGUGAAUGGCAGAGAGAAACAACUUGGUUCUCAAUGUGAACUUUAUUGUUGGUUUUGUGAAGUGUACAAGGAUGUAGAGCAAACCAAUAUUCACUUUUAUGUUUUUACUGUAUAUUUUCAUGCAAUAAUUCAAGAAAAAGCGUUCUAGAUGCUCUCAUAUCUCUGCUACUGGUUUGUACAGAAAUGUUUUUUUUAAACUUUUGGUUGAAAAUAAGAGUAAACUUAAGAGAGGUUAAAUUGA